AUGAUACCAAGCUUGUGUGAUUCUCAUCAUUUGUCAGAGUUGAGAAUUGUGCUCAUUGGAUACAGCAAUUUUGGGAAGAGUUCAUCAGGAAACAUCAUCCUGGGCAGAGAGGAGUUUGAUACUGAAGGGAGAACGGCUCAGUCUGAGAAGAGAUACAGGGAAGUAGCAGGUAGACACAUCACUGUCGUGGAGGCUCCAGGAUGGAAUAAAUUCAUUACAGAUGAAACAGCCUGCAUGACCAAAGAGAAUAUUGAGCUCAUUCUGUCUCUUUGCCCUCCUGGACCCCACGCUCUGCUGCUGAUCAUAGGUGUGAAUAGAUCAUUCACAGACAAACUGAGAAGAUCAGUGCAGCAACACCUGGAGCUUCUGGGUGAGAGAGUGUGGAGUCACACUAUGGUGCUCUUCACCCAUGGAGACCGGCUGGGAGACACACCCAUUGAGCAGCACAUUGAGAGUGAAGGAGAGAGUCUGCAGUGGCUGGUAGAGAAAUGUGGGAACAGAUAUAAUGUUUUCAACAACGAAAGGAGAGAUGACCACAUGCAAGUAACGCAGCUGAUGGAGAAGAUAGAGGAGAUGGUGGCAGGGAACAGAGGCAAUUUUUACGAGAUUUUGAUUGGAGAUCCAGACCGCUGGUCCUUAAACAGCUCUGCAAACAGCUCUUUCAGGUCUGCCAGAAGCUUUGCAUCUUCUUACAGCUCAUUCAGAUCUGUUGGAAGCUUUGCAUCUGCAUACAGCUCCUUCAGAUCACACAUAGGUCCAGAGGAAGAGGGACCACAGCCUGUACGCAAAGCACGCAGCAAAGACAUCAUUCCUCCUUUGUUGAGUGGAGAUUCAGACAGCUGGUCCUUUAGCUCUGCAUACAGCUCAUUCAGGUCUGCCGGAAGCUUUGCAUCUGCGUACAGCUCCUUCAGAUCACCCACAGGACCAGAUGAACAGCAGCCUGUACGGAAAGCACGCAGCAAAGACAUCAUUCCUCCUUUGUAUCAUGAUGACCCUGAUGAAAGAGACCUGAGGAUUGUGCUGCUUGGAUACAGAGAUGCUGGGAAGAGUUCAUCAGGGAACACCAUCCUGGGCAGAGAGGAGUUUGACACUGCAAGGAGAACAGCUCAGUGUGUGAAGAGACAGGGAGAAGUAGCACAGAGACAUGUCACUGUGGUGGAGGCUCCAGGAUGGCAUACUGUAAUUACAGAAGACACACCCAACAUGACCAAAGAGAAAAUUAAGCUCAGCAUGUCUCUAAAUCCUCCUGGACCUCAUGCUCUACUGUUGGUUAUGAGUGUGGAAAGACCAUUUACAAAGAAAGACAGAAUGUCUGUGCAGAAACACCUGGAGCUUCUGGGUGAGAGAGUGUGGAGUCACACUCUAGUGCUGUUCACACGUGGAGACUUGCUGGGAGACACACCCAUUGAUCAGCACAUUGAGAGUGAAGGAGAGAGUCUACAGUGGCUGGUAGAGAAAUGUGGGAACAGAUAUCAUGUCCUCAACAAUGAGAGGAGAGAUGACCACAUGCAGGUCACACAGCUGAUGGAGAAGAUAGAAGAGAUGUUGGCAGCAAACAGAGGGCAGUGCUAUGAGAUGGAGAGAUGGAGAAUAGAGGAGUUGGAGGAGAAGAUGAUGAGAGAUGAAAAGAGAGGAAAAAAGAGGAUGAUGAAGGUUAAGAGAGAAAGAAAAUCAUUUAGAUCACAGAUGGGUGAUUCUCUUCAUCUGUCAGAGUUGAGGAUUGUGCUGCUGGGAUCUGUAAAAGAAGGGAAAAGUUCAUCAGGAAACACCAUCCUAGGCAGUCAGAAGUUUGAUACUGCAGGUCGAACAACUCAUUGUGUGAAAAGACAAGGGGAAGUAGCAGGAAGACACAUCACUGUGGUGGAGGCUCCAGGAUGGUAUGGACUCAUUUCGGUGUUCACACCCCGCAUAACCAAGAAGCAGAUUAAACUCAGUGUGUCUCUGUGUCCUCCUGGGCCCCAUGCCCUACUGCUGGCCAUAAUUGUGAAAAAAUCAUUCACAGAGGCAGUAAGAGGAUUAGUGCAGAAACACCUGGAGCUUCUGGGUGAGAGAGUGUGGGGUCACACUAUAGUGUUGUUCACCUAUGGAGACCAGCUAGGAGACACACCCAUCGAACAGUACAUUGAGACUGAUGGGGAGAGUCUGCAGUGGCUGGUAGAGAAAUGUGGGAACAGAUACCAUGUCUUCAACAACAAGAGGAGAGAUGACCACAUGCAGGUCACACAGCUGAUGGAGAAGAUAGAAGAGAUGUUGGCAGCAAACAGAGCACGCUGUAACUCUCAUCAUCUGCCGGAGUUGAAGAUUGUGUUGCUGGGCAACAGAGCAUCAGGGAAGAGCUCAUCAGGAAACACCAUCCUGGGCAGACAGGAGUUUGAUACUGAAAGGGAAACAGCUCGCAGUGUGGAGAAACAUGGAGAAGUAGCUGGGAGACACAUCACUCUGGUGGAGGCUCCAGGAUGGAAAACUUUCAAUAUAGAUAACACACCCAACAAGACCAAAGAGGAGAUUAAGCUCAGUGUGUCUCUGUGUCCUCCUGGACCCCACGCUGUACUGAUGGUCAUAGAUAUGGAUUUAUCAUUUACAGAGGAACUGAGAAGAUCAGUGCAGGAACACCUAGAGCUUCUGGGUGUGAAAGCGUGGAGUUUCUCUAUAGUGCUGUUUACCAAUGUGGGCUGGUUGGGAGACACAUCCAUUGAGCAGUACAUUGAGAGUGAAGGAGAGAGUCUGCAGUGGCUGGUAGAGAAAUGUGGGAACAGAUAUAAUGUUUUCAACAACGAAAGGAGAGAUGACCACAUGCAGGUCUCACAGCUGAUGGAGAAGAUAGAAGAGAUGGUGGCAUCAAACACAGGACAGUGUUAUGAGAUGGAGAGAUGGAGAAUAGAAGAGUUGGAGCAGAAGAGGAGGGGAGAUGAAGAGAGAGGAAAAGAGAGGAUGAUGAAGGUGAUGAGAGAGCGAGAUUCACUCAGAUCACAGAUGGGUGACUCUCAUCAUCUGCCAGAGUUGAGGAUUGUCCUAUUGGGGUACAUAGAGGCUGGGAAGAGUUUAUCAGGAAACACCAUCCUGGGUAGAGAGGAGUUUGAUACAGUAGGGAGAACAGCUCAGUGUGUGAAGAGACAGGGAGAAGUAGCAGGAAGACACAUUACUGUGGUGGAGGCUCCGGGAUGGGGGUGGGGCGACACUCUGGACCAAACCCCCAAAAUGAUAAAGGAGGAGAUACAGCUGAGUGGGUGUCUAUGUAUUCCUGGACCUCACACUCUACUGCUGGUCAUAAGUAGAUCAUUCAAAGAGGAACAGAGGAGAUCGGUGCAAGAACACAUGGAGAUUCUGGGUGAGAGGGGAUGGAGUCACACUAUAGUGCUGUUCACCUAUGGAGACCGACUGGAAGACACACCCAUCGAGCAGUACAUCGAGAGUGAAGGAGAGAGUCUGCAGUGGCUGAUAGCGAAAUGCGGGAACAGAUAUCAUGUCCUCAACAAUGAGAAGAGCGAUGACCACAUGCAGGUCACACAGCUGAUGGAGAAGAUAGAAGAGAUGGUGGCAGCAAACAGAGGACAGUGUUUUGAGAUGGAUAGACUGAGAAAGGAACAGUUAGAGCACAAGCGUAGACUAGAUGAAGAAAGGGUUAAAGAGAGGAUGAUGGCAGUGAAGAAGGAUAGUGAGUCCCUACGAUCACAGAUGGGUGAUUCUCAUCAUUUGUCAGAGUUGAGGUUUUUGCUGCUGGGAAUCAAAUGUGAAGGGAAGAGUACAUCAGGAAACACCAUCCUGGGUAGAGAGGAGUUUGGUACUGCAGGGAUAACAGCUGAGAGUGUGAAGCAACAUGGAGAAGUAGCAGGUAGACACAUCACUGUCGUGGAGGCUCCAGGAUGGACAAAAAGUACUACAGAAGACACACCCAGCAUGUCCAAAGAGGAUAUUGAGCUCAGUGUGUCUCUUUGUCCUCCUGGACCCCACGCUCUGCUGCUGAUCAUAGGUGUGAAUAGAUCAUUCACAGACAAACUGAGAAGAUCAGUGCAGAAACACCUGGAGCUUCUGGGUGAGAGAGUGUGGAGUCACACUCUAGUGCUGUUCACACGUGGAGACUUGCUGGGAGACACACCCAUUGAUCAGCACAUUGAGAUUGGAGGCGAGAGUCUGCAGUGGCUGGUAGAGAAAUGUGGGAACAGAUAUCAUGUCUUCAACAAUAAGAGGAGAGAUGACCACAUGCAGGUCACACAGCUGAUGAAGAAGAUAGAAGAGAUGGUGGCAGCAAACAGAGGACAGUGUUAUGAGAGUUGCUGA